GUUAACUGGAAGUCCAAAAUUAAAAGACUCUGCUGAUAUGUACAAUGUUGAUGUUCUCCGUUCAAGACUGGAUAUUCCAGAUGAUGGAGUGCUGAAGCUUGUAAGAGUGAUUCAGGAGCCAAAGAAGUCUGAAAAGAAAGAUAAGAGGCUGACAGGUUCAUAUAUAAUUGAUGAACCACUCCGGGAUAUCAUCCAGUACACAAUUCGUGACUAUGUGCAAACAUGGUAUCAUCACAUCAGCCCAGACACAGAGUUUCCUGAAGCCCUGGAAUCCUUAGCACAGAAAGUCAUCAUUGCCUUGGCAAAUAGAUCCAAAGAAGUUGACUGGAUUCCAUAUUUGACAAAGCGUUUUGUUGAUGACAUUGCCACCCACUUAAGGUUAUUCAAGCAGUCAAGGCAGGCACAUAUAGCUUCAAAGGGAGAGCGAGAGCUAACUGAGCAUUUCUUUGACCAUGAGUUUCUCUUGGAGAAGUGCCUCUGCCGGGAUCUCAUCUGUACCAGGGAGGAAGUUGAGCAACAGUAUCUCAGAGAAAUUAGUGAAGUGUUACUGUACCUGACUUUACCACCAGAAGAUUUCCCUUGCAAGACAUUAAGAUUCUUGCUUCGAGAACUUUUGGUGUCUGCCAUAUUGCUUCCAACAGUCAGGCUUCUCUCUGACCCUGACUACCUCAACCAAAUCAUCAUAUGGCUGUGUAAGGCAGUGCCAAUUACAAAUGAAGCAUUUCUCACUGCCAUGCGCAUGACAGACCGCUGUGAUGAGCUUGCUGCUGUCCUUGAGAAAGUUAAUUCUGAGACCUCUCUCCUGCGGUCACAAGAUUCUGGAGGCGAAGCAGAUGCAGAGAUCAAGCAGCAGCUCUCCAGCCUCUCAUAUGUGAAACGGCUCUUGGAAUCUCGAAUACAUCGCCUUCGAGAGGGAGGAGUAAAUCAGGAUGGUUAUAGUCUUCCAUAUGGUUGCGACUGGAACCGUUACCUCCAUGGUGGAGUUCGUCUUGUCAGCCUUUCUCUUGACACUUUGCUCAAAAACAACAUUGCCCUGACUUGUUUCAUCGAAUUCCUUCAUACAAUGUCAGCUCAGCAUUACAUUUUCCUUUAUCUGAACAUUGAGGGGUGGAAGGUAUCAGCUGAACAAGUGAUACAGGAGGUAGACCUUGCUUGCCUCCAAGGUGGAGAUGCCAAAAAACCGAAAGUGGAUCGAGCAUCCGAACUUGAAAAAAUGAGGCAGCCUGCUCUCCAGAUCUAUCAUCAGUAUCUCUCAGACAAAGCCUCACCAAAAGUGAAGUUAGAUGACACACUUGUGAGGCAGCUAUACCAGAAGUUGCAGUGUGAAGUGCCUCGUGAAACAUGGUUUGAUGGAAUUCAGCAUAUCUUGAAGGAAAAGCUUGCUGAUGAGCCAUUUCUUCCAAGUUUCCGUCGAAGUCCAAACUACAUCAAGCUCCUGGCAGAGCUGGACCUGCUGAAAGAUGGAUGUCGUAGUGAUGAGGAAGACUCUGCAUCUUUGGAAGAACUAAGCCUCAGUGAUACUGGAAGCAUUGCAUCUGGAGGGACACCUGAAGAUGCUCUCAGCAUUGAGGAUAAAGACCUUACCCAUUCUUUUGUUCCUGUUAUGUCCCCUCCCCUUAUCCAUGAAGGUGCUCCUUCACUACAAGUGGAGAUCACCAACUACACUGUUGUCCUGGACUCUCCCAAGCCAUAUGCCCUGUAUGAGGUCACAGUAAAAAAAGUGGAACCUCAAGGAAAUGGUCAAAUGCAGGAACUCGUAUGGCGCAUCUUCAGGCGAUACUCAGACUUCUAUGACUUCCAUCAAGUUGUUGUUGAAAAGAUGAAAGUGAUACUUGAGUAUGUUGAUGUUCCAUUCCAGUUUCCAUCCCUGAAUGCUCUUUACUUCCCUGCAAAGAAGACCUUCAACAACUUGAAACGAAACUUUCUCCGCACUCGCCUCCUGGAACUCAACCGUUACCUCCAAACUCUAGCAUCCAAAGAGUUCCAAAAAGCACAUCCUGGGUUAAGUGAUAGACUUAUACAGUUCCUUGAGGGAUCCUACGAACAGCGUGGCAUGGUAGAGCGCAUGGUCAUCAUGCCUUUGAAACAUGGGGUUAAGACGAUGGGGCAAGCCAUCACAGCCGUCCCUGGAACCGUCCUUCAGACUGUGGAUGACAUGGUAGAAGGAAUCAACAAAGUCUUCAGUCGGCCUUCAAAGGGCCCUGCUGCCCUUGCUCAGGACAUGAGGGUUGCAGCCUCCCUUGAGCAUCAUGAUGAGGAGACAAUCCCUCUUCGCAUUCUCCUCCUGGUCUUCAACGAAGUGUUUGAUAUGCGGAAUCAGGAGGCUUGGCUGCGCAAAAGACUUGUGGCUGUGGCCCAUCAUCUGGUCAAUGUCAUGUUUGGUGACAUCUACAAUCGCCGCAUUCUGGAAUUCAUCGACUGGGCCACUUCUUCUGAGCAGGUGGCUCUCUACCUCAAGAAUUUCAGAAACUCAUUCUGGCCCAAUGGCUCUCUAGCCCUCCCUGCCCCUCCAAGGGACAAGAAUACCAAGUUAAGAACUCAGAUUGCUGCCAAAGCAUUUCUUUUCUCAGUCAUUCCAGUCCUGUAUCUCAAUCCUCUAGAUGAAUUGAAACGGGUCUUGGGCAAUGAUACUGCACGUAGGGGGAUGUUAAGUGUUUACGACAUGUUCCAGCAUCCUACCCUGAACAAGAGGCUUGUCUACCUCAUUUUGGAAGGUCUUCUGGUGACAGUUUUCCCCAGGAACCAAUUCCACAAGCUGUUCACGGAGUUUCACCACCAGUCACCACGUGUGUCAACAAAGGCCUCGACCCGGUCCCCAGGUGUCACACGAAAGAGGUGA